AUGAAGUCCUUGUCCAACGCUGAUCGACGCUCUGUCAAUGCCAAUUACUCGUCGACUGCGCGACCCCGCGUCGCUUCUGGAGAGGAACUCGACCGACGCAGCUCUACCACAGCGUCACAUGCCAGAAAACAGUCAGCACCCAUGCGCGCUACAGGCGCAACCUCAGGCGAGCGUCGUGUAGAGAAGAAGGAAGUGCGCGAACGGGAGACGGAGGUCAGACGGACCAAGAGCCCGUUGAAGCAUGCAAGUGAGAGUAGGGCCCAUGCUCGAAGCCGCUCAGAGAAACAACCGCGAGAUGUCGAGAGGCCAUCACGCAGCGCUGCAUCGCAGAAGUCCAUACCUGAAGAGCCCCAGGCGCCAUGGGAACCGCAGGCUUCUUUGAUACCACAUACGACCGCCCCGCUGGCGACACGCAUCUCGAUACCUCCGCUCGCAUCCACCGCUCCCAUAUCGCUGCAACCUACACCACUCGCAAAACUAUCGCUAGAAGCGCAAGAGAAGGCUAUACUGGAGGAUUUGUUAUUUGUUUUCAUGGGAUUCGAGGGACAAUACAUUCGAUUUGGCGAUGGCUACAACCCCCAUGAAGAGAAGGAACGUUUGGUUGGACCACAAUUCCGCCUAAUGCCUGGCUUGGAUCCUAGUUUGAGGGACCUUACCAAGUCGAUGCUGAAGACCGCCACACACUACAUCGCCGUGGAGACGUGCGUAGAGGUGCUAAGCCAGGAAGAGUACGGUGCGGUGAACCACGCGUUAUGCGCUGCUGUACGACGGCUGCUAAAGGAUUACCUCAUACUUGUCGCCCAGCUUGAGCACCAGCUGCUGACAAAUGACUCCUUCACACUUCACGUCUUGAGCUUGCAUACUAAACAGACGAGUCACAUGCUCUUUCAACUCUACACAACCGGAAUCGAACUACUGAAAGCAAACGGCAUUCUUGAGGACGAAAAAGACGAAGAUUCAGCUGAUGAUGACAGCAAUGACUUUGAAAACAUCCUAGAGUCGCUGCGCGAGGGAGGUAAUGCAACGAAGAAGCUCUGCAAAGGUGGGAGCGUACUAGGACUCAUUACCAAGCGAUUAUCGUCAAUGUCAGGAGAUCCUGCAGCUCGAGCACUACUGACCACACUGUUGCGGGAAGCCAGCAGACCGUAUAUGGCCAUGUUGAAUGAAUGGUUGCACCAUGGUGGCAUCAAAGACCCACACUCCGAAUUCCUGAUCAAAGAGCAGAGAAGCAUCAAGCGAGAAAGGUUAGAUCAAGAUUACACGGAUGAGUACUGGGAGAAGAGAUACACGAUACGCGAUGCCCUAGUGCCUCCCCAGCUUGAAGCCGUCAAAGACAAGGUGCUCCUGGCAGGGAAGUACCUCAACGUGGUUCGGGAGUGUGGAGGCGUCGACGUUAGCAAAGUCGUGCAGGACGCGCCGACUAGCUUCGAUGAUCCACGCUUCCUGGACAACGUCAACUCCUCAUAUGCCUACGCAAACUCCUCCCUCCUUAACCUACUUCUUACGACACAUCAGCUACCGGCACGGUUGCGUUCACUGAAGCACUAUUUCUUCCUCGAUCGCUCCGACUUCUUCACCUACUUCCUCGAAAUGAGUGAACUUGAGCUCAAGAAACCAGCAAAGCAUGUCAACGUCGGUAAGCUGCAAUCAUUGCUUGAUCUCGCCACUCGCCAUGCUGGAUCAGUCGCUGUGGAGGACCCAUAUAAGGAGGAUAUCAAGGUUCAGAUUAAUGAUACCGGACUCACGAAUUGGCUUAUGAAGAUUGUCAAUGUGCAGGGUCUCGACCAGGAUGCUGCUACUGCUACAUUGUCUAAUUACACACCUGCGAACUCGGCGCCUAUCACCGACGAUACCAACAUUACCGGUUACCAAGCGCUGGUGUUUGAUUAUGCGAUGCCAUUCCCGCUGUCGUUAGUCGUCAGCCGAGUUACCCUCACUCGUUACCAACUACUCUUUCGAUAUCUACUCAGCUUGAAACAUCUCGAGACUGAUCUGGCCAAGUGCUGGGGCGAGCAAGGCAAGAACGCUGCUUGGAAGCACCGAUCGAAGAACCCGCGGAUUGAGCAAUGGAAACGCCGGGCUUGGACACUCCGGGCGCGCAUGUUGGUCUUCGUCCAACAACUCACCUAUUAUUGCACGUCAGAGGUCAUUGAGCCAAACUGGGCAUCAUUGAUGUCGAGGAUAAGCGAAGAGAAGCAGGACGCGCGGGGCAAGGCAAGGACAACAGAAGACGAGAGCAGCGGGCCUCAGGUGAAGCGAACUGUAGAUGAAUUGAUGCAGGACCAUGUUGACUUCCUUGCAACUUGCUUGAAGGAAUGCAUGCUUACUAACAGUAAGCUGCUUCGGAUCAACAACAAGAUCAUGUCAACAUGCAGCAUGUUUGCAUCCUUCACCUACUCCCUCUCCCGCUACCUCGUUACUGGUGAUCCCGACCUCGUCGCGCAAGUUAACGCAUCUUUUGCUCCUCCGCCUUCCAAGAACUCCAAACUUCCUGCUGCUACAUUAGUCGCUUCAACACACCGACCCUCGACUCAGUUUGUAUACGAUCCCCAGCGCGUCGACAAGAUGUUUGACAUGCUUGCUAAGUACGAGGAAAACUUCACCCGGCAUCUUAAGAUCUUGCUGGAUACACUGAACUACCUCGCUGCUACUGAGACGGUGGUUUUCUUAAGUCUUUGUGCUAGGUUGACAAGUGCUGGAGAAGGGCUAAGUGGCUUCCAAGUGCCCAUGGGUAUGGAGGGUAUUGCUUAG